UUUAAACAUAUUUCGUUUAUAACUGCGUUUUUUUUUUCAUUUUAUUGUAUUUUUUUAUAAGUAAUUUAUAUAUUUUUUAAUAUUUAUUAACUUUAGGUUAAUGCGAGACGAUACCUAUACUGCUCAUGCCGGUGCCAAAUUCCCUAUAAAAUGGACUGCGCCUGAAGGUCUAGCUUACAAUAAGUUUUCUACUAAAUCAGAUGUUUGGGCUUUUGGAAUAUUAUUAUGGGAGAUCGCUACGUACGGAAUGUCACCAUACCCCGGUGUAGAUCUUACAGACGUCUACCACAUGUUAGAAAAGGGUUACAGAAUGGAAUGCCCACCAGGAUGUCCGCCGAAAAUUUAUGAAUUAAUGAGACAAUGUUGGCAGUGGCACGCCAAUGAUAGACCAACAUUUAAGGAAAUUCAUCAUGCUCUGGAAAAUAUGUUUCAGGAAUCUAGCAUAACAGAAGAGGUUGAAAAGCAAUUGCAAGGCAAUGACUCUCCAUCAGUUUCUGUAGGAACUCCGCAUAUGGCUUUUAAAAAGUCUCAUUCAGGAAGUACCGGAAAUAUUCAUGGCCUUGUUGGAUUAACAGAACAUAGUGAUCUCAAUAAUACAUCUACUAAACUGUCUACUUUUACUGGUGGAUCGAAGAAUAAUGUUCAAAUGAGACGAUCUACAAACAAAAAAGGAAUGCCUGCUCCUGCUCCCCGAAGCGUACAAGGUUUGUUAUUGUUUACUUUAGAAUUGUACUAUAAAUUGAAACAUUAUGCUGGCUACUUGCUGUCUUCUUGUAGUUCUUUUAGAGAUAGUACAUAUGAGGAUCAAGGACAAGGAGAACUUCAAGGAGAAGAUGGGACUGAUCUUAAUGGACUGACAAGAGAGCUUCAAACCUUAACAGCAGGUACCAAAUGUGAUAGCGAAAGCGAUCUUCAAGAUCAAACGCCCGAUACAGAUGACUCAGGUGCUCAUUCCUACCCAGAAAUAUCGACCGCAUCUAGUUUUAUACCAAACACAGGUUCCUUUAAAAGGGCUCCUAUCAUGGGUAACAAAGGAUUGGAACAGAGAGGGAAAAAGACUAAAACGAAAGAACCUUUGGUUCAGGUGGCAGCUUUAGAGGUUCAAAACGUGCGGAAAGCUAUCAGCAGGUAUGGUACCCUUCCGAAGGGUGCUCGUAUAGGUGCCUAUCUAGAGUCCUUGAGGCAAAACAACAUGUCCUCCAACGAGGAAGGAAUUCAAGUCAUAAAUCAAUCCCUGGAUCAGUCCGACACUACUCCAAGGUCAUUGUCGCCAAGAACAAAUAUUCGUACACAACCACAAAUGAUCAGGAGCAAUUCGUCGGGAGGAGUUACGACGUUCCAUGCCACCCAUCCACCGAGUUCGCCGACUUCUAGCAAAUUGACAAGAAAUCGAAAUGUUACGAGAAACAAUAGCGGAGACGUCAGAAGUAGCCUGAGAAGUUUUAAGACAUCCCAAAAUAGUAGUUUUCGAGGAGGAAGUCCUUCUAGGUCCAUUCAACCAACCUUAGCUGAUUUGGAAUUUCCACCACCUCCUACAGACCUACCGCCUCCUCCAGAUGAAUUUGAUGGGUCCGGCAUUGACCAAGUAGACUGUAGUACAUCUAUAAUGACUUCUUCACAAGAAUUAAAAAAGCGAAUUAUUCCUAUAUCCCCAUUGACUACGAAGAAAAUAAACCGUGAACCAAAAGAACCCCAUCCUCCCGAACCAACAGAAACGAGCGACUUAAGUACUCUCCAGCCAUCUGUAGAAGAAGCUAGUUCACGAUUUGGUGUUAGUUUGAAAAAACGAGAAACAGAUAAGGAUAAGGAGGAUGGAGGAAAAGAAAAAAGCCCUCAGCGUGCCAGUCUUAGCCUCACUAGUCCUAGUCAAGACGGUAAAAGUCCUGUUAGUGCCGAUUCGGAUGUUCCUAUGGUUGGGUCUCCACUAGAACCUCUACCUCCUCCACCAAAUAUUACUGAGACUGAUGAAGCUGUAGACCUGGACGACAAUAAAUCUUCCAAAGUGUUUAGAAAUAAAUUGGUAAUGAAAGAAAUGGAGUUAAAACUGGUAGCCGAGAUCAAGGAAAGUCAAAAUUUAAAGAGUAAAAACUUGAAAGAAUCUCCAGUUGAAACAAUAUUGGCUGUGAGUGGCAUUAGCCAUGAUCCUGUAUCUCAGUUGGUGACUGAACUUUCACAAUCUCUUAAUUUAGAAAAGGAUGUAGAGGUUAGCGUAGGUAGAAAGAAUUCUCAAGGAAAUUUAACAACGAAUAACGGAGUGACAUUCGUGUCCCAGCUCAAAAAAGUAGACGCUAAAAAAACAAUUACCAAAGAACAAACUGAGAAAGACGCUCCCGUUAUUAUAGAUUUUAAAUCAAGGCUGCGAAAAGUAGAGAGCGACAAGAAAUCUGAAGACAGAGAAGACAACGAAUCCGAUAUUAACAAAAGAGAAAGUACGGCAAGUUCAGAUAGUGGGAAUUUAAAACUAGAUGAUAGUGAUGAUAAAAGGAAGAGUACAGGUAGUAUUAGUAGUUUAAAAAAGCUUUGGGAACCUAAAGACAACUCAGAUAUGGUAGGAAACGUUCAGCUAAGUCCAAAAUUAUCAAUAAAAAAUAGCAAAACUGAAGAAAUAAUCGAAAAUACCUUAGAAAUAACUGAUGACACAUUCAAAUCAACUAAGACUGAUAAAAAAGCAUGGCCUCCUGGAAAUGAAGAUAAACCUUUAAUACCCACAAAACCAGCUGUAAAAGCCUUAAAACCUAUUAUAAGUCGACCAGCAGGUUCCGCAAUUUAUGCUACCCCAAUGGCUUCCAACGCAAAACCUCCUAUAAUGGCCAAACCAACUAACAUCGAAAAUAAAACGCCAGAAGAUGAUAUAAAGGUGACUACCAGCGAUAAAAGUGGCAAGGAUAAUAUUUUAGAGAUAUCGCAGGCUUUAGAAACGACGUUAAACAGCAUUAAAACCAAUUCUGUUGUAUCUACAGCGACGUGGCUUCAACUUUCUGAUAAAAUAGGCUUGCUACACAGUUUCUGUAUGGAUUAUGCGGAUAAUGUUGUCCCUGCUCAUACGAAAUUCCAAUUUAGGGAACUACUUACUCGAUUGGAAAGUCAGGCGCGCCAACUAAGAUCGGCCGGAUCAAGAAACACUUCUGAAAACAGUAGAUGUCUUAACGAAGUGAACAAUACCAUUAAGGAUGUAGUUAACGUGGUUUUUCGAUAGAAACGGACUCUCUUAGAACCUUAAAUCCUUAAAUCCGUUUAUACGACUACUAGGACCAUGUUGUGUAUUGAUUCAAUUUUGUAUAAGGUAAAUUAUGCAUUUAGGAGUGAAUGUUAAUUUUGGUGUUUAUUUCGAUUAUUUUAUUUGUGAUAUAUCAUAAACUAUUAAGUAUAAAACUAAAAAAAUUAUUUAGUAUCAAUAAAGCUAAUUUUUAAAAUACACUCGCCUAUAGCAAUUUUCUUUAUUUUUUCUCAUUUGAGCUCGUUUUCUCAGGUUCUUUCUCGUUCUUUCAUAUAUUAACACAAAUAUUUUAGAGUAUGGCCUAUUUAACAUGUUUUUGCCUUUUUCCUCAUCCCUGUUUAAAAAAAAACUUUUGUUUGACAAUUUUGACAAAUGUCACAUUUUAUGUUAACGUGACAUUCUACUUAAAAGGUGACAUUUGACAUAAAACGUGAUAUUUUACAUAAAACAUGACAUUCGAAAUAAAACGUGACAUUCGACAUAGAACAUGGCAUCCGACGUAAAACGUGAUAUUCGACAUAAAACGUGACAGAAUACUCGCAUCCACCAAAAAAUGGCGCCGCCACUAAAAAAUGGGGCCAAAGGUCAAAUUACUUGAAAUUCGUUAAAUUAAACUGAUAAAUAAUGAUACAUUGCAAAAAGAUUAUUUAGAGUCAUUUACAAAAUCUUUUCAGUCUUUACAUUUGUAAUGAUGCCUCUCCCAAUCAACUCAUUUAUUUGUUGUGUGGACGUUCAUGGAAUUUGAGCCAUCAUUUAAAUGCGUUCAAUUAUGGGCUUUAACGAAAUCACAAAUAAAUGAAGCACCGUCAACGAUUUUUUCUAAUGAUUAAUUUAAUUGUGUAGAUAACAUUGCAUUCCCAGUCAUUUUUGAUAAAAACAGUACGAUACAAUUGAGUUGUAUGUUUUAACAUGGUGGCAGCGCUUGCGCUCAUCAAAUGAUGAAAAGACAUAUUAAAUAGAAACAAAUAAUUUUAGUACAGACACGUUCUCAAUUUCAAGUUAAAAAAAGUCAUUUAAAAUUAAUCUGUUUUGGAAGAUAUUUAAUUUAAAUCUUUGGUCGUUGUAUACAAACAGUUGUAGCUUUUUUAUGAUGCAUUUUUCGGAAUGGUAAUUUAUAUUAAAUUAACGUAAAAUGCUAUAGGGGCCUAGUUUUAUUACUUUUCUUUUAUUACGGUCUUUAAGUAUGCUCUAUUAUAAUCAAAAAUAGUUCCUAUGAAUAACUAACUUGUCUAUAGUUCUAUCAACACUGUUAAAUACAGAGCGAAAUAUUUUUUACAUAAUUAAAAAAAAUAUUUUAAAAAUUGUUUCCUUAGACUUUUCUACGCAAAAAAGGUGCUCUUGUAAUAUUUCGAUAGAUAUCACCGUUUUCGAUUUAUUUAAACUCGAAGGUAUACAUGUAUUUUAUUGUAAUCGUUACAUUUCGUAAUAUUCAUCAAGUAUGCUUUAGAAUUGACACUUGUGUUA